CGUUGUUGUAGGAAGAAGAAGCCGAUUCUAGAAGCCAUUACGUUGCGCAGCUCAGUCGAGAAAAACUUACUAUUUUACGUAUAUUACGCACUUUUAUUCUUUAAAAAAAGUAAUAUUUCAUAUAGUCAUGGCAUCACAAGCUAAAAAAAGGAAAAUGAAUUUCUCUGAAAGGGAGGUGGAAAUCAUUGUUGAGGAGAUGGAAAAACAGAAACACAUUUUAGUUAACCACUUCAACGCUGGCGUUACUCACAUCGCCAAAAACAAUGCAUGGAUUGAGAUACUGAAGCGUGUAAAUGCAGUGACUACUUGUCAAAGGGAACUGGCUGAGGUAAAGAAGAAGUGGUCAGAUCUAAAGACUGAAGUGCGGCGGAAAGUGGCUCAGGCCCGCGCAGCAAUGGAAGGCACUGGCGACUGCACCUCAGUGCCAGUCAUUCUGACUUCAAUGCAGCAGAGAAUCUGUAACCUCCUGGGAGAAGCCACAAUCAUCAGCCUUCCCGCGGGCGAAGCGAGCGCAGAGAUCAGUGUUCCUGUGCCAAUGAGCUCAGCGGCUACGGUCACUCUCACGCAAAGUGAGACCACUUACCACACGCUGGAGGAGGGCAUGGUGGAGUACUGCACCACGGAGACGCCCGUCACCGUGACAACGGAGGCGGCGCCGGUGGAGGUGCUGGCGGCGCAGGCGACGGAGUGCUCGGUGAAGCCGCAGGAGCUGAAGAGCCGCAUCGCGCUCAACUCGGCCAAGCUGCUGCAGGAGCAGCGCGUCACCAACCUGCACGUGCGCGAGAUCGCCCAGCACCUGGAGAACCAGAACGACCUGCUGCAGAUGAUCCGGCGCUCGCAGGAGGCGCAGGCGUGCGCCCAGGAGCGGCAGGCCCAGGCGCUGGAGGGGACGCAGGCCGCGCUGCUCGCCCUCAUCCAGAUGUUCCGGCCCGCGCUCAAGGACCUGCGCAAGUUCCUGCAGAGCGCCAACAGCCUGGGGGGCGUCGCCGUGGCGACGUCAGGGAGCGAGGGAGCGGAGAGCAAAGCCCCCGCCACCACCCAACAAGCCGAGGACGUGCAGUAGACUCAGGAAUCUGUGUUGUGGAGUAUCGCGCCUAUGCGCUGGUUGCAGUAGAUGGUACUACGUUGUACAUACAUUGGGACUGAAAUAUGAUGAUGGAGUUUUAUUGUGCAAAACUCGUGGAGUGUGUUUGCUUAUUGUCUGACUACGGAUUUUACAAGCCAUGUUGUAUGAUGGUGCAUCAAUAUUUUGGUAUUUUUCCCCCUGACGUUGUCUUCCUCCGAAGUUGAAUAACUUAUUUUUUAUUUUCUGAACAUAAUUUAUGAAACAGCAGAGUGACUACAAAUGAUAGGACAGAUAUUUGAAUGUGAACGGUUCAGUGUACACUCCAUUUGAAUGCAUUUGUAAGAAAUCAGUUUUAAAAUCAAGCAUUGAGUUUCAGUCAAAUAAAAUACUUGUUUUGGCCUUAUUUGUAUUUCAAGAUGCAUGGAUUUUGUCAGACAGAAAACAAAUCCAAGAAGACAUGAAUGUUCAGAGUUGUUGAAAUACAAUAUCUGUCAUUGCAAACUCAUUAAAUUCGCUAUUACCUUA